GACACAAAAUUGUUUCCAUUCUUUCGAGAGAGAGAGAGAGACUCUCUUUGUUGUCAGACUAGUUCAUCCUGUUUGAAUCCCCCUUUGAGCGCAGGAGGAGCGUCCAUUCAUUCAAGUGUGGAGCAGCAGCCAGGAUGAUCCCAGUGGGUGAAUUCAGAUCCCUCGGCACAGAGCCCAGCUCGAAGUAUAGGGUCCUGAAGCCAUGGUGGGAUGUUUUCACAGAGUAUCUGUGCAUUGCUAUGCUCAUGAUUGGAGUCUUUGGAUGCACUUUGCAGCUCACCCAAGACAAGAUUGCAUGCCUGCCAAGCCACUUCACCAGUCCAACACCAAAAGCAAUUGACUGCAGCAACAUCAGCAGUUAUGGGGACAAUGAGAAGUUGCAGAACACACUGGUGACCCCGGCGAGCCCCAUCAUAGUGGAGGUGUUUGGGCGGAAGAACAAUCUGGACAUUCAUCAAUACGUGUUCGUCAACAACUAUUGCUAUGAGAGGUCUGUUCACUGGUAUGCAAAGUACUUUCCGUACCUCGUGGUUAUCCACACCAUAAUCUUCAUGGUAACAAGCAGCUUCUGGUUCAAGUUUCCUGGGACAUCUUCUAAAAUUGAUCUCUUUGUCAACAUUCUUGACAAGUGCUUUGACUCACCCUGGACCACAAGAGCCCUGAGUGAAGUUUCUGAGGAAAGAGGCGAGGAGAAGCUAGUCAACUGGAGGAGGAACACUAUGACUAAAGGCUCCACAGAAGGACAAAUCGAUGAGGAGGAGACUGUGGGCCUUCUUCGCUCCUGCUCUGUUAAGUCUAAUCAAGAAAAGAAAAGUGCAGAACCGAAGUCUACCCUCUCUUUGUUGGAUAAGAAGGAAGGAGAGCAAGCCAAAGCUCUAUUUGAAAAGGUGAAGAAGCUCCGAACUCAUGUGGAGGAAAAAGACAUUUUGUACCACAUGUACGUUCUGCAAACGUCAGUAAAGGUCAUCCAUUUUCUUUUGAUUAUUAUUUACACCGCAUUGCUGGUACCUAACAUUGAGAUAGUUGUGCAGUGUUUGGUUCCGCCUGAGCUGACUGGUUUUGAUAUCUAUUGCUGUAACCACAACAAAGCACAUCUUUUCUCCAAGCUUGCCUACUGCUAUAUCUGCUUUGUGGCCGUAUUUGGACUUCUGCGUAUCUAUACCCUCUACUGGCUUUUCCAUCGACCUCUAAAGGAGUACUACUUUGAGCAGGUCAGACUGGAGACCGGAAUUAAUGACAUACCUGAUGUGAAGAAUGAUUUUGCCUUCCUCCUGCAUCUUGUGGACCAAUAUGAUGCUCUUUAUUCUAAAAGGUUUGCUGUCUUUCUUUCCGAAGUCAGCGAGAGCCGCCUCCAUCAGCUUAAUCUAAACUACGAGUGGACUGACAAAAAGUUGCGCACGCGUCUAGCCAGGAACACCAGAAACCGUCUAGAGCUACACCUGUUAAUGUUACCAGGGCUUCCAGAAACCGUUUUUGAAAUUCCCGAACUGGAAUCACUCAAACUCGAGCAGAUGAAGAAUGUCACCAUACCGGCUAGUAUAGCAAAGCUAGAGUCUCUCCAGGAGUUAUCAAUGGUCUACUGCCCCGCAAAGCUCCAAGUUGCUGCCCUAAACCACCUGAGAGAACAUUUAAAGAUUCUAUAUCUAACCUUUGAGCAUUUAGAAGAGGUUCCUGUGUGGAUGUACACCUUACACUGCCUGGAAGAGCUCCACCUGGAAGGUCCUUUAACCAACGAGGUGUCCAAAAGUCCCAUUCUGGAUUCCUUUAAAGAGCUUAGAGCUUUGAGGGUCCUCACUUUUCGCUCCAAACUUACAAAGAUCCCCUCCAGCAUAGGAGAUGUUGCGUUCCAGUUGCAGCGCUUGCGUAUCUACAAUGAAAGUGUCAGGGUCCAGGCUUUAAGCAUCCUGAAGAAGUUAACCAACUUAGUUUCACUGGAAUUAGUGGGCUGUGAGUUGGAGCGCAUCCCAAGUGCUGUCUUCAGCCUGAGCAAUCUGCAGGAGCUGGACCUGAAGGAAAACAAACUCACUACUGUGGAGGAGAUCCUGAGCUUACAGCACUGCAGGCAUUUAGUGACACUUCGGCUAUGGCACAAUAAAAUCUCAUACAUCCCUGAACAUAUAUCUAAGCUGCAUACCUUGGAGACACUGGACAUUAGCUGGAACAAGCUAGGAAAGCUUCCCUCUCGGCUCUUCUACUGCACCAAACUCCGGCACCUCGACAUCUCUCACAAUCAACUCACUUCGCUCCCUUCUGAAGUGAACAUCCUGCAGAGCCUGCAGUUCUUCUCCGCAGCUUUCAACUCCUUAGAGACAGUGCCAGAAGAGCUGUUCUCCUGUAAAAGGCUAAAAACGCUGAUUCUUGGUAACAACCGCCUUUCACACUUCAGCUCAAAAGUAGCCAACCUUGCCCAGCUGGUCCGGCUGGAUAUUAAAGGAAACCGUCUGGAGUACUUACCUCAGGAGAUAGGGGACUGUCCCCUGCUGAGUGGGCUGAUAGUAGAAGAUAACCUGCUGGAUCAACUGCCAUCAGAUGUAAGAAGCAAGUUAAAUAAAAGCUGAGUGUGUGGAGCUAAGGUUCGUCACAUACUUGUGUUUUCUAAUUAAAGAGUGGUGGGUGAGCUUGAAAAAACAUUUUUGAUCCAAAUAUUUUUCAGAGAGAAGCAAAAGGAAAACCCAAACCACAGCUGACCACUAAAAGAGAACCAGUAACUCUAAAGCUGAAGACUUUCAUAGGACUGACCUAAAGAGGUGCUUGUGAGAACACAAAGGUCUAACACAGUUGGAUCAGACGGUCUUUAAUCUACCAGGUGCCUAGCACAAAGUCCAUGUGAUGUCAAAUUGUGCCAUAUGCAAACCGCAAACUGCAUUAAGUGGACAUCAUGAAGGCUGCCUCCCGCACGCUUUCUCCAGGCAGCUUAAACCACACUGUGUAUUUCUAGUAGGGAAAACACAUCUGUGGACAAGUGUGGAAAUCCUAAUUGUCCCAGUUUUGCAUAUCCAUUAAAAACUGAUUUAAAGACUCUAUUUAAAAGCAGUCAUAACGAAAUGAUUCAUAUUUUUUGAUUUUCACAUUUU